GCGGAGGUUUACCUCCGGCCAGUGAUGGGGCUGAGCUCCGCUGACCCCUCCAGCCGCAUCUCCACUGAUGGUCGCUGCUGGGUCCUGAGUCUGCUCGCUGAAGAAGGUGAACAGACGAGCGGAGUCUCUUCCCGUGGGUAUUCCUUUAGAAAUGAGUUGCACAAUUGAGAAGGCACUUGCUGAUGCUAAAGCUCUUGUUGAAAGAUUGAGAGAUCAUGAUGAUGCAGCAGAAUCUCUGAUUGAGCAAACCACAGCUCUUAACAAGCGGGUAGAAGCAAUGAAGCAGUAUCAGGAAGAAAUUCAAGAACUUAAUGAAGUUGCAAGGCAUCGGCCACGGUCCACAUUAGUUAUGGGAAUCCAGCAAGAAAACAGACAAAUCAGAGAAUUGCAACAAGAGAACAAAGAAUUGCGUACAUCUCUGGAAGAACAUCAGUCUGCCUUGGAACUUAUAAUGAGCAAGUAUCGAGAGCAAAUGUUUAGACUGCUAAUGGCUAGCAAAAAAGAUGAUCCAGGUAUAAUAACGAAGUUAAAAGAGCAGCACUCCAAGAUUGACAUGGUACAUCGUAACAGCUCCGAAGGAUUCUUCCUUGAUGCAUCUCGACACAUCUUUGAAGCAUCUCAACAUGGACUGGAGAGGAGGCACUUGGAAGCAAAUCAGAAUGAAUUACAAGCACAUGUUGAUCAGAUAACAGAAAUGGCAGCAGUAAUGAGGAAAGCCAUUGAAAUUGAUGAGCAACAGGGCUGCAAGGAACAGGAACGAAUAUUUCAACUUGAACAAGAAAACAAAGGCUUGAGAGAGAUCCUGCAAAUAACUCGAGAAUCAUUUCUGAACCUUAGGAAAGAUGAUGUGUCUGAAAGUUCAUCUUUGUCAGCAUUAGUGACCAAUAGUGACCUGAGUCUGAGGAAGAGCUGAAGAGCCUGUAAGUCUGUGAGCUUCCUGCAAGGCUCCAAAUGGUCACUGGGACUGGCCUACUGACAUGAAUGAAUUAACAGAAAAAUCCAUCUCAAGCAACCCUUUAUUUUUUUUCUAUAGUAUGUACAGUGCACUGGCAAUGACAUUCUUACGCUGGCAAAAAUGCAGAAUUAAUGGUUGUAGAUUUUAUUCCAAAAUAUAAUAAAAAAAUAGAAACUUUGUUAAUUGGGGAACAAACUGAAGAUUUUUUGAGUGACUGCUGAACCUAAUA